AUGCUUGCUUGCUGGGAUGAAGAUCCAAAUGGAGAAUCUUACAAGAAGCAUCUUGCAAGGAUUGCAGAUUACAUAUGGCUUGCAGAAGAUGGAAUUAAAAUACAGAGUUUUGGUAGCCAGAUGUGGGAUGCUAGUUUCACCAUUCAAGCUUUGCUUGCUGCAAAUCUGAAUGAUGAACUUGGAUUUGCACUUAAGAAAGGACAAGACUACCUUAAGAAAUCUCAGGUUAGGGAUAAUCCUUCUGGUGACUUUUUAGCCCAUUUUCGCCACAUUUCUAAAGGAGCAUGGACUUUCUCUAAUCAAGACCAUGGAUGUCAAGUUUCUGAUUGUACUGCAGAAAGUUUGAAGGGACUUCCCUCCGGCCCUAGCGCCUACCGUUUCGUCAAGCAUUUCGCCCUUCUAAGAGCAAAAGAAAAUCUGCAAAGGCAGAAUCCCCUCGGCCUCGCGACCGCAGUUUUGAAGGCCGAGGCCGAAGGCCGUAAAAGACACGGUCUGAAAAAGCUGUGGUUGAAUCACCACGUGGCCUCAGGGCCCCACGCUCCAUUUAAUGAAGUAAUGCCUCUGACUUCGCAGCAAAACCCACUAGUCACAAGAAACAUUCAAUGCACGAGGGAAGUGACUGAAGUCAGGAUUUGGUGA